AACAACAACACACCUCUGAUCUGUACCUGUGAUGCACUCGUCCUCUCCUUUCUCUGAGACGAGCAGCUGAGUAGGAGGCCACUUCCACGUCUGUUUGACGUUCGGCUCAGGAUGUACGCGUCUUCUGCAUGAAUAAAGGACAUUGGAUUGUGGAUAAGUGAUCACGGAUUAGAAAUAGAAGCUUCCUUGGACCUUUAAUCUAGAUAGGAGAUCAACUCACCCCGAGAUGAAGAUCCGUGUGGUCCAGAUUUGGGGUUUCCUGAUGACCGUACUGGGCUGGAUCUUCAUGGCCUGCACCAUGGCCAUGGAGGGCUGGAAGAUCACUGCCAUCGGGGGCAUGGGGGGCUCCUCCAUCAUCAAGGUGGCCUGGUACUGGUCCAGCCUGUGGAGAUCCUGUUUCACGGACUCGACUGCUGUCACCAACUGCUACGACUACCCUGUGCUCUGGUCUGUGGAUGGCCACGUCCAGAUAGUGCGAGGCCUGCUGAUGGCGGCUCUUUCCCUGGGCAUGCUGGGCUUUGUGCUCAGUCUGUUGGGAAUGGAGUGCACCUUCAUUGGGGGAAAAGACCGGUCAAAGUACAAGAAGAUCUACGCCGGCGCAUGGUGCCACAUAACCAGCGGUUUGCUGUCCACAAGUGGGUAUGCUGUUUAUGCGCAGUACGUCUCAGUAGAAUACUUCAACCCUGACUUUGCUGGACUGAAGUACGACCUCGGCACCCCGAUGUUCCUCGGCUGGGUCGGCUCGGCCUUUCAAGUGACCGGGGGUUUCUUCUACGUGUGGUCGGUGUGCACGCCGCUCUGUGGAGCAGAGGCAACGGUAAUCAACGUCCAGGCGCUACCAGACCCCGAGCAAAACAAGUCCACCACAGCUCUGUCCACAGUGUCCGGGAUCACCUCCAAGACCAAAGCGUCCUCCGUGUCCGAGCUGUCGUCCAAGUCUGAGGGCUCGGACCUGUCUGGCAUUUCCUCGAGGUCAGGGCGCACAUCCAAAUCUGGCCGCACGGCCAAGUCGGGGCGGUCAUCGAAGACUGGGCGGACAACCAAGUCUGCGGGGUCUGCGGGGUCGAGGUCAGGAUCGGGGUCGGGAUCGGAUUCCGCUGUCUCGUCGAGGUCCAGCGUGUCAACUUUGUCCGAGUCGAGGAGCAGCGGCAGCAGCAGCAGCCGGACAGUGUCGUCGUUGUCGGGCAGCUCGAGGAGCGAGACCACGCCGAUCAUCAAGAACUCUUAUAUCUAAAUAAAUGUGACGAACUGAUGAGCUGAAGCUUUUCUGUUCAAUUCAUGAACCUGUGAUGAAAGCAAAUAUGUGUUUUGUAUUAAAAAUUGUGCAACAUAUUUUUCAUUGAAUUAACCUGUUGUUGAUGUUUAUCAUCUAUAAUGUAUAGACACAAUAUAUUCAUUCAAUGAGGCACACUUCCAUUUCUAAUAUAACUGGCAGCCUUUGUGUACAACAAAUAAAACUCCACCAGGCUCAU